CAUCAGUUAACCACACUUUAUUUCAGCACCAACUACUCACUGGUUGCUGCCUCCACAGAAGGCUACAUUUCAAAAAACCUAAUAGCCACAAUAAAUAGACAUAACCAGUGCAUCGCUUUCCCCUACACAUGGAACAGCAAACCAGCAUUUGGGGAUUAUGUCUGUUUCUCAUCUUCCAUUCCCUUUUCUUCCAUCAGUUGCUUUUGGCUGCCUCUCAGUCAUUGUCCCCAGAAUUUACAAAACUCACGUGAAAAAUGCAAAAGUGUGGUUUUCUGUUUUUUUGGAUUUUUUUUGUAGCUGGUUGGUUUUUGUUUCUUGCCUCAAAAAUAAUAGACAAUAGCCUUCUAAAAAAUAAAUCAGCUGUGUUAGAUUCCAGAAGCAUGAAUUGCUCACCAAUGCUGUCAAGUAAAUAGUGUGAUUCUUGGGGCUGUCCUGUGCACGGCUAAGAGUUGGACUCGAAAUGGGUGCCUCCCUCCUCAGAACAUUCUGAUUGUGUGAACUGCAGGGCUUGACCAGUGUACACACACCUCUUCGCCCAUCAGUCAAAGGCUGCUCCCUCGCAGCCCUCGGCCGCACCUUUUCGGUGAUCCAGAAACCUCUCGGGCGCGCUUUUCCCGGACGCGGCGCUGCUGUAUCGCAACCAAGCGCCGGCCGCCCGCCUGCUGCAAAAGGUGCUGCAGUAAAGCGCCGCGGCACCGCCACCUCCCCGCCGGUGCGCGGAGCGCCGCUGCCAAUGCCGCUGGACGCCGAGCCGCGCUCCGCACGCAGCCCCUUCCCAGCGACUCCCGUCCUGCGCACGGAUGCGCACCCCGCCCCAAGGAAUCAGUAUUGCUGAAAGCACAGAGUUUUGAAAUAAUUUCUUCAUUGACACCAACUAACAGUUAGAGGAGUAGAUCUACUGGCAAAAAUGGGUCGAUCUAAUUCUAGAUCACAUUCGUCAAGAUCGAAGUCCAGGUCUCAGUCCAGCUCUAGGUCAAGAUCCAGAUCACAUUCAAGAAAAAAGAGAUACAGUUCUAGGUCUCGGUCAAGGACGUAUUCCCGAUCUCGGAGCAGAGAUCGUGUUUAUUCUAGAGAUUAUCGCAGAGAUUACAGAAACAAUAGAGGAAUGAGACGUCCCUAUGGUUACAGAGGAAGAGGUAGAGGGUAUUAUCAAGGAGGAGGUGGUAGAUACCACCGUGGAGGUUAUAGGCCUGUGUGGAACCGAAGACACUCCAGAAGCCCCAGGCGUGGCCGCUCACGUUCCAGAAGUCCAAAACGAAGGUCUGUGUCUUCCCAGAGGUCCCGGAGCAGGUCUCGUCGAUCUUACAGAUCCUCCAGGUCCCCGAGGUCUUCUUCAUCUCGUUCUUCAUCCCCAUACAGCAAAUCACCUGUCUCUUCCAAAAGACGUGCAUCUCUGGAAAAGCAGGCAAAGAAAACUGAAGGGGCUCCUUUGCAAGACAGUCCCUUGAAAAAUAAAUCACAAGAUGAACAGAAAGAUACGUUUGAACAUGACCCAUCGGAGUCUCUUGACGAUUUUAACAAAUCAUCAGCAGCUUCUGGAGACAUUUGGCCUGGCCUUUCAGCGUAUGAUAACAGUCCAAGGUCACCCCAUAGUCCUUCUAUUGCCUCCCCGCCUAGUCAGAGUUCAUCUUGCUCUGAUGCCCCUCUGCUUAGCACAGCCCACUCAGCAAAGGACACACCUCAGCAUUCCCAUUCCAUUCAGCAUAGUCCUGAGAGAUCUGGCUCUGGUUCUCUUGGAAAUGGUUCUAGCCGCUAUAGUCCUUCUCAGAAUAGCCCAUUGCAUCAUAUCCCUUCGAGGAGAAGCCCUGCAAAGACAAUCCCAUCACAGAGUGCCCCCCGUGAGGAGGCUCGGGUGCGGUCAUUUUAUCCUGAGGGUGGUGAGCAGGAAACUGCAAAAGGUGGAAAGUUUAUGAAAAGGUACACAGAUGAAGAGUCUAGAGUAUACCUGCUUGAUAGGGGUAAUACCAGGGAGAAGGAGGCCCAGAAGGAGAGAGGAUCAGAAAAAGGGAGGACAGAGGGAGAAAGGGAAUGGGAGGAACAGGAAACUUUAGAUUUUUUCGUUGAUAAAGAGACUGGGAAGGAAAAGUUUAAUGACUCUGAAGGGGAGGACACAGAGGAGACAGAGGAUUACAGACAGUUCAGAAAAUCUGUCCUGGCAGAUCAGGGUAAAAAUUUUCCUACUGCAUCUCACCGGAAUGCUGAGGAGGAAGGAACCAAAUACAAAUCUAAAAUAUCAAUCAAGGGCAGUAGAGAGAGCGAUGGAUUUAGAGAUGAGAAAAGUUAUAAGCUUAAAGAGACUGGCUAUAUAGUGGAAAGGCCUAGUGCAACAAAAGAUAAGCACAAGGAAGAAGACAAGAGUUCUGAGAGACUAAUGAUGAAGAAAGAAACUCAGUCACCUGAGCAGGUAAAGUCUGAAAAGCUCAAAGAACUCUUUGAUUACAGUCCUCCUCUACACAAGAAUCUGGAUGCGAGAGAAAAAUCCACCUUCAGAGAGGAGAGCCCACUUAGGAUCAAAAUGAUAGCCAGUGACUCCCAUCGUCCUGAAGUUAAACUCAAAAUGGCACCAGUACCUCUUGAUGAUUCCAAUAGACCUGCUUCCUUGACUAAAGACAGGCUGCUUGCUAGCACACUUGUCCAUUCCGUCAAGAAGGAGCAAGAGUUCCGAUCCAUCUUUGACCACAUUAAGUUGCCACAGGCCAGCAAAAGCACAUCAGAGUCAUUUAUUCAGCACAUUGUGUCCUUGGUUCACCAUGUCAAAGAACAAUACUUCAAGUCGGCUGGAAUGACGCUAAAUGAGAGAUUCACUGCGUAUCAAAAAGCAACUGAAGAGCACUGCACCCGACAAAAGAGCCCAGAAAUACAUAGGAGGAUUGACAUCUCUCCAAGUACCCUGAGGAAGCAUACCCGUUUAACAGGUGAAGAGAGAGUCUUUAAGGAAGAAAGUCAAAAAGGAGAUAAAAAAUUAAGGUGUGAUUCUGCUGAUCUUCGUCAUGACAUUGACCGACGUAGAAAAGAACGAAGUAAAGAGCGAGGAGACUCAAAGGGUUCCAGGGAAUCCAGUGGGUCAAGAAAACAGGAGAAAACUCCAAAAGAUUACAAGGAUUACAAAUCUUACAAAGAUGACAGUAAACAAAAAAGAGACCAAGACCGUGCUCGGUCGUCCCCAUCUUCCUCCCCAUCUUCUUCCUCAUCCAGUUCUCGAGAAGAAAAGGAUUGCAAGAAAGAAAGAGAUGAAGAAUUCAAAACCCACCAUGAGCAGAAAGAAUACUCUGGUUUUGCAGGAGUCAACCGGCCAAGAGGCACCUUUUUUCGAAUUAGGGGCAGAGGAAGAGCCAGAGGAGUCUUUGCUGGAACAAAUACUGGUCCCAGCAACUCAAAUACUACUUUUCAGAAGAGACCGAAGGAAGAGGAAUGGGAUCCUGAAUAUACCCCAAAAAGCAAGAAAUACUUCUUGCAUGAUGACAGAGACGAUGGUGUGGAUUAUUGGGCCAAAAGAGGAAGAGGUCGUGGUACUUUUCAGCGCGGCAGAGGGCGUUUUAACUUCAAAAAGUCAGGUAGCAGUCCGAAGUGGACACAUGACAAAUACCAAGGGGAUGGGAUUGUGGAAGAUGAGGAAGAAACAGUUGAGAAUAAUGAAGAAAAGGACAGACGCAAAGAGGAAAAGGAAUAACCUGGAAGAAAGUUGUAGCUGAAAGAGCAGCUCUUGCACCACCCACACAACAUUUUUAAUAUGUUUUUUUGUUGUCAAAUGAAUGUAAGCAUUUUACUUAAAUUUUACUGUUGGAAAGUAGUUUAGAGAGAUUGUUUUCGUUCUAAGCCUUUAGAAAAAAAUCAUGAUAUAGUAAACUAUGUUAAUGAUCGUACAGGUAGAAAGUAAAAUAUUUGUAACAACUUUUAAGAAAUUUUACUGUUUGUUAUAUGCAGUGUAAUUCUGCUUUGUCCAAAUACAUGGUCAAGUACAACUCUAAAAGUUUUGAUUCUCCCCUAUGUCUGUGUUUUAUUCUGAAGUAAACUUACAGCUCUGCACACCUGAAAUCUUGGAGCAGCAU